AUGCCCAUCUACUUUAUGCGCUCUAGUUAUUUUCAUUAUGUGCAAUUGAAUCAUGAUGCUGAAGUUAUCAUGAAUUUACGGAGGUCACAGCUUGAAGAUGCUGACCUGCAAACGAAAUCGAUGUCAUCUGACAAGGGAACUGCCAGUGAGAGUACAACUCCUAAUUUUGCAAUGGAAAGUAUGGAAGGAAAUAUAUCUGUGUGCAGCUCACCUGAGGAGCUACUUGAACAAGCAUUACAGUAUCUGGGGACUGGCUGCAGAGAUCAAGCUCUUCCACUGAUCAGGACAGCAGUAGAGAGAAACCCAGAUCUGUCUACGGCGUUGAUUGGAAUGGGACAAACCAUGUUCUCAAAUAGAUUGUUUCCUGAAGCUGCAGUUUGUUUUGAACAUGCUAUACCAAAGAUUCAAGAAGAUGAUCCUCUUCUUGUGCUUGCAUAUUUCGGGGCAGGUCUUUCAAACGAGCGUCAGGGGGAUAAUGAGAAUGAGAUGGCAAUCAAACUCCUGCAGAGAAUAGCAGAGCUCAAGGAACCGGAAAAGCCCAUCAACAGGAUGCUUAUUUUGGCAAGAAUAUAG